AUGACAUCAAUUCAUGACGGCGGCGGCGCGGGGCCGACAAGGUGCAUCUACGUCCUCUCCGACGUGGACGGCUACAGGUACAAGUUAGUCGUGCAAGGUGAAGUGCUAACACUCACGGCGAAGCGAAUCAAAAGAUAUCUGCAGAAGGCCACCGGGAUACCGCCGCAGCAACAGCUUCUCUCGUUCAACGGUGCCGCCUUGCGAGAUGACGUUAGUGGCGAGGAUGCCGGUCUCUUCGAUGGAGCAAUUCUGCGUCUCCAGCAGGUAGCAUCUGACUCCCAUCGACUCCACAACGGCAGCGGCGGUGCACAGGUGUACGAAGACUCGCCGAAUUCAGACAAUGCGCCGGCGGACGGAUCGCGGCAAACCCCAACGCGACGCGCUGACCACCACGCCGAUGAACCAACGUGGCGUCCCACCUCUCCGCUGCGCCGUGAUUCACUCCUUUUAGGCACUGUGCGGCAGUCCGGCGCCCCUGUCGCGACAACAGCAGCAGCUUCCUCCGCUGCUCUGACUGCCACGCACUCCCCACCAAUACAGCCGAGAUGCGCAGAGAACGCCCGGGAUGGCACUGCACAGUUUCGAGCGCGGUCCUUCACGCAGCAGUCAUCGUUCCCUGCCUCCUCUCCUCAACUAGCUUCUGCCGUCCUACCAACCGGGUAUGCAAACAAUGUGCACCCAUGCGUCGAACACCGUCAUCAGCACCGGCUCCACCAUGACCCAUGGACCCCCACCGAGGACCUUGAAACAGAAAAGGACAUGGGACCCACGGCUUACGGUGGUGCCCAGGCGUACUGUCACAACAUGGAAGCGAAGGUCGCCGCCCUAUCCAUUGAAAACGUCCGCCUGCGAGAACAGCUGCAGCUGGUCGCGCGCCAGGCCGCCGACGCCCACGCAGACUGGAAGCAAGAAGAAGAAGUCGCUCGUCUCAAAACGGCGCUGACGGCUUCGAAAAGAGGCAUUGUUGAAGCGGAGCAGGCCGCUGCACAGCGCUGGCGCGUGAAGGAAGAAGAGCUCGUCAGAGAGCUCGACCUCUUGCGAGGGGAACGGCGCCAACUGCAAGAGGACUCGUCAGGGCAGGAAGCAAAGCUGCAGGAACUCUUGCAUUCCAUGGAAGGCGAGAUACGCAGCCUCAAGUACGAAUUACACGAGAAGGACGAAGCGUUACUCUCCACUCGACUGGCUUUGGCUGACUUACAAGGGCAGCUGAGCCAACGAAAGAGGGAGGUUCUCCCUGAGAAUGGGAGACUGCUGCACAACCAACAGGAAGAGGAAUCGGGGUUGCCUUCGCACACGACGCUCUGCCCUCUCUUGGACAGCAUCGACGUGCUAACAGAGGAAGCGCUCAGUCAUCUCUCGUACUUUCUUUCGACGCCCGCGCCGCUGCAGCUGGAUCCGGCGAAUGACACCUGCACCUUGCCCGUCUCUGACACACUGAACAUGCUGGUGACGCUGGAUCGCGAAGCGGAGCAUCUGUACCUGUACGUGGCGCUGCUAAACGGACUGCCCACCUCUCCUGUGCAGCGAAUGCGGGUCUACGAGAUGCUCUUGCAAGGGGCGUUGCUUGGAAAGGACAUGGCUGGGGGAGGCGUCGGCCUGAGCAUGGAGUCGAAUCUGGUUUUGAUGAGCACCUCUGCCGACUUGCGCCACAACGGCGCGCUUGCAUUGGCUGCCGCAGCGCCAUCGUUUGUAGAGUCUGCCAAGGUGUGGGCAGAACGGCUCGACGCCUUUUUUGCGUGA